AGGAAACACGAACAGCUACAGACACAAACAAAGCUUAAGCGGGUGAGGAAACCAUGCUAGCUAGGUGUAGGGAUACAAACAUCCAGCUUACACUUACAAUGCAAGGUUGCUCCGAUCCCUACAUAAUUAGCUAAACUAGCUAACUAAUGGUAUUGUAAAAUAUAAAAACAUUAUCCGAUUGCAUAGAGAGUUAGGCAAACUAAUGUGUCAACUGCCCUUGUCGCAAGCAAGUUACCAGUGAGAAGGAACUUGCACCUUGGAUAGUCGCUAGGUUCUUACUUUUUCCUAUUAUAAAGUUGCAUACCCUCUGUCAGUCAUCGGCAGUAUUAAUUCGUUGGCUUUGACUUAGUGUCAAUUAGUACAGUCAGCUAUGGCUUCUUUGACAGCAGAGAAAGCGUCAGUCUGUAAGAAGAAGGGCGAAAAGAAGUUUGCAGUCAAAGAGGAGUACAGGCUGCUCUGGGGUAUCAUGGGGGCCAUGAACAACUUACGGAAACAGAGCACUCUGUGUGAUGUGAGCCUGGUGGUUCAGGGGAGGCAUAUUCCUGCUCACAGGGUGGUUCUCUCUGCAGCCAGUCACUACUUCUACCUGAUGUUCACCACCAAUAUGCUAGAGUCAACAUCCCAUGAGGUGGAGCUAAAACAUGCUGAGCCUGAAAUCAUUGAGCUGCUUGUGGAGUUUGUCUAUACGGCCCGAAUUUCCGUCAACAGCAAUAAUGUUCAAUCCUUACUGGACGCUGCUAAUCAAUAUCAGAUUGAACCGGUGAAAAAAAUGUGUGUGGAUUUCCUUAAGGAGCAAGUGGAUGCAGCUAAUUGUCUAGGUAUCAGUGUGCUGGCAGAGUGUCUGGACUGUCCAGAGCUGAAGAAAGUCGCUGAUGACUUCAUCCACCAGCAUUUCACAGAGGUGUACAAGAUGGAUGAGUUUCUGCAGCUGGAUGUAAAGAGGGUCACUCACCUGUUAAACCAGGACACACUCACCGUGCGAGCCGAGGACCAGAUAUAUGAUGCUGCAGUCCGUUGGCUGAGGUAUGAUGAGCCCAACAGGCAGCAAUACAUCGUGGACAUUCUGGACAGAGUCCGCUUCCCUCUCGUGUCCAAGAACUUCCUUAGCAAAACGGUCCAAGCAGAGCCACUGAUCCAGGACAACCCAGAGUGUCUGAAGAUGGUGAUCAGUGGGAUGCGCUACCACCUGCUGUCUCCAGAGGACCGUGAGGAGCUGGGGGAGAGCAGCCGGCCACGUCGAAAAAAACACGAUUUCCGCAUCGCGCUGUUUGGGGGGUCCCAGCCACAGUCUUGCCGCUACUUCAACCCCAAGGACUACAGCUGGACAGAUAUUCGCUGCCCAUUUGAGAAGAGGCGGGAUGCAGCCGCGGUGUUCUGGGAUAACGUGGUGUACAUCCUGGGCGGCUCGCAGCUCUUCCCCAUCAAGCGCAUGGACUGCUACAAUGUGGUGAAGGACAGCUGGUACUCCAAACUGGGCCCCCCAAACCCCCGGGACAGCCUGGCUGCCUGCGCCUCCAAGGGCAAGAUCUACACCUCAGGCGGCUCAGAAGUGGGUAACUCACCGCUCAGCCUGUUUGAGUGCUAUGACACGCGCACAGAGAGCUGGCAGAACAAGCCCAGCAUGCUGAUGGCGCGCUGCAGUCACGGCAUCGUUGAGGCAAACGGGCUGAUCUACGUCUGCGGCGGCAGCCUGGGAAACAACGUCUCCGGGAGGGUCCUUAACAACUGCGAGGCAUACGACCCCAACACCGAGACGUGGACAGAGCUGUGUGGCAUGAGAGAGGCCAGGAAGAACCAUGGCCUUGUGUUUGUGAAUGAAAGGAUUUAUGCAGUCGGUGGUCAGAACGGAAUGGGCGGGCUGGACUCAGUGGAGUUCUACGACAUCGGCGGGAACGAGUGGUGUGCGGCCGCGCCCAUGCCGUGGAAGGGGGUGACGGUGAAGUGCGCGGCUGUAGGAUCUGUCAUCUACGUCCUGGCAGGGUUCCAGGGCGUGGGCCGGCUGGGCCACAUCCUAGAGUACCACACCGACGCGGACAAGUGGGUCUCCUGCAGCAAAGUGCGUGCGUUCCCUGUGACCAGCUGCCUGAUCUGCGUGGUGGACACCUGUGGUGCCAACGAACAGGAGGCAUCUUCAUCCUCCUCAUCAUCGGUAUGACUACCAGACUUCCUCUGUGUGUGGGAGGCUGGAGAAGCCGGGAUUCUGUGGGUUUUAAACUGUGAGCUCCUGAAGGCUUGGGUGGCCUAUCAGUUCCUGGUGGGAAGAGGACACACGUUUUUUGCUGAGAUUUUUAACUGCAGCUUCUGUGAAACAAUCAUGUAUGAACUGCAAUUUAAGUUUUUUCCCAUUAAACAAUGGGUCCAUUAUGCGGACACAUUUGCUGUGCUUCAGUGUUUGGGAAUGCUUUUGUACGUAAAUAUUCUAAACUCACCAGCUCUUGUGUGACACACUGGUGAUUCUCAUCAAUAAACUUUAUUUCAGUCAUAUUCAUUACA